UUUCUGAGUAGCUCGCACGAGUUGAAGCUUGGGCUAUGCGAAUUUCAGUGCACGUUCCGCGACUUUGAGCCUAGCUCACACGAGUUCCAGAUGCAAGAUUGUCAACUUCGUGCAGGUUUGGUGCAUUUGGUACAGGCUUGUGCACAGGUACCGUGACAGACGCCUGACGAGUCUGACCGGGUGACAGCGAGUUUCACAACGGUGCAGUCAACAGUAAGACUCUACGUAAAUGGAUCCAAGACGAGGCGGGGCACAAUGGCCAUCGCCCCCACAAUGGCAGUGACACUUCAUGUCCUUGGCAUGUUCGCCUGGGCAUAUAUAGUGUGUGUUCGGCGGCCGUACACCUCCAUUCACCAGCAUACUUCUCCUAGUGUCCGCAACCCGCUAGCACAUCUACCACCAUGCACGUCCUCCGAGUUGUCUUCUCUUUAGCACUGCUGCUUUCCAGUGCGCUCGCCGUGGCCGUACCCUCUGUCCCGUACUGCCAGAACCCUCGUGCUCUCAACACCACCUACAUUGGGCGUAACAAUGACGUUCUAGUACGGCGCAUCGCUUGCGACAAUGUUCCGACGCCCCAAUUCGCCCGUGCCAUCGAGACCAGGCAGAGCACCAGCGCAUGCGGCGAGCCCACCACUACCAACUGCUUCACCCCAGCCGGUGGAGGACCAGACCCUAACGACUGCCAAAUCAUCGCCGAAGCCCUGUCCUUCGACAGCCAGAACGCCGUCGACGGUGACGCGUUCUCGCUCGCCCCCUCUGGGAGCGACGCCGUCUUGACAUUGACCUUCAACAGUUGCGAGAGCUUCAUAGUUAACCAGGCCGGCGCCCCUCUGACGUACUGCCGGUCCGACUGGUCUUCGGCCGUCAACAACCUCGCGUUCAACUGCCAGGCUACGCAGAACGCACACGGAGGGAAUGCAGUCGCGAACGAUCAGUCAUUUUUCAUCCAGUAUGUUCCACUCUGUCGCUUCCUUGGAUACCGCGAUUUCUAA